UUCUCGCAGGAAUAUUAAAAGCACUUUGGCAGUCACGGUUGAGAAGAAAAGUCAACGAUACAGAAGAAAAAAUGAUCAAUUGGAAGGCUUUGGACAACGUCCCCAUCCUCCUGUACAUCCUGGCCCUUAAGACACUGCUGCUGUGUUUGGGGUUCGCUGGGGUGAAGAUCUACCAAAGUAAGAAAGCUGAGGCGGCCCUGAAGAGGCAGCAGGCUGAGAAGAGGAAGCUGGCCCAACGGACGCAGGAGCUAAUUGACAACUUGAAGGAAGACUGAGCAGAGGAGAGAAGCUGUUGUGCACCGGGAAACAUUUUACUGACCGGAGCAACAGGCCACUUUCUCCAAAAUGACACCAGAUGUCCGGAUGUUUGCAGCAAUAGGGAUUUCCUGUGCUCCAGGCUUGUGGAGUGCUGGUUGUGGUUCCAGCACCAGGACUGUUCACCAUGUCAGUAAAUGUUUGACUGAACUAGGAUUUUAUGCAAUGAAAUUCGAGUCCUGAAGAGGGACUGGGAUGAGACCGUUGUGUUUUCGGUUUGAGAGUACCUCAGUGAAAGAAACACAGCAGGUUCUUUCAUUUGCCAAACAUUUUCUCCAUUCUGAGUUCAACCUCCCCAAACAUCAUCUGCCUUGUUUUUACUCAUAUCUGUGACUCAGGUUUUCCACUGAGGGUGUUGUCUGGACUCACAGAAGACAGCUGAAUUUAUUUCACUUUGUACAUCACCAUUAGCUGUAGACACAUCAGCCAGUGAUGUGUCUACUUAAACCUAAAGGAAUGUAGUAACUGAUGAUUUGAUAAAUUUGUAUAUACUUUAGUGUGACAUACAGUUACUGUCAGUGAAAAUAUACAAGGGGCCAGUAAAAGGUGAAACUACUGGCCAAACAGGCCAGUAAGAAGAAAGUGUUAUGUUGGACCCUGGUGCUGAGUAUCAUGUAUGUGUGUUAGUGAUGAAUUUGGUAUCUGGAUACUUAUAUCAGUUAAAUUCUGUUGGGCAGGUUCUUGUCACCUAUGUUUGAUGUCUUUUAAUGAGCUUUUAUUUGUUUUGAACUCUUUAUUCUGUGUGUAAAAGUCCAAAUAAACUCUGUUGUGUUCCUCUUUUGAUAUUUCAAACUGUUUUGCAAACACAUUUCCCAGUGAGGACUGUUGAAUAGAUUUGGCUUUUGAACACACCUUAUAUGACAUAUAUAGUUUGCAUUAUCCAGAUUCAGACUGACCCAUUGCACUUUUGGUAUUUAUGGAAACAAUUGUUGUUCUGUUGGUUGUGUUGUUGUUCUGUUGUGCCUGAGAGCAAAGGGAAACUGAAGAGAGAUUCCUUGUGUGUAUGCAUAAAUCUGGUCAAUAAAACUGAUUCUGAUUGAAGUCUUUAAUG